UCCUUUUUGUGAGUGUUCCCUUCUUUUUCCAUUCGUUACUCACAAUCUGCUUCUUGUAUCAUCCAUCACCCUCUGAGCCGAGAGGAGAGGAGUAUGAGCGCACGCGGCGAGAGAGGACAGAGAGCGCGAGAGAGGGAACACGGCGCAGACUGGGAUUCAGUCAGCAUCUCCUGAGUCUCUCCCUCUAGACGUAUUUCACAUCUGUACCGGUUCAGCUGUUGUUCGCUGUCGGCGUGGAGAGGAGCAGAAAACAAGCGCGUGAUGUUGGUCGGGGCGGACUAGAGCGGAAAGCGCCGGGACUGGGAGAAACUCGCGCUCGCGCACUCCGCGGACCCGGGAUCAAAGACAGACAUCAUCUUCUACGACCCGCCUCCCAGUCUCUCUCUGUCUCUCUCACCCACACACAGUGCAGGCACUCAUGCACGACGGGAUGUUGUGUCGUUAGACUGCACGUGAGGUGUGUGCGUGUCAGCGAUGGACCUGAAGGAGAGCUGUGGAAGCGAAGCCAGUCGUGAGACCGGGAGCAUGGGAGGCCCAUCGUCUUGGCAGUCGUUCACCCACAGCAGCACGCUGCACGGUUUACGCUUCAUCUUCCCCUACUCUUCCUCCUCCCAUCGCUCUGCUUCACGCCGGCUUCUUUGGGGCGCCGCCCUGCUGGCCAGUCUGGUGCUGCUGGUCCUGGAGAGCACGGAGCGGCUGGCCUACUUCCUGACCUACCCUCAAGUCACCAGCGUGGACGCUGUGGUUUCUGGGAGCCUGGUCUUUCCUGCCGUCACCGUCUGUAAUCUCAACGCCUACCGUUUUACACGGCUCACGCAGAAUGACCUCUACCACGCCGGGGAGCUGUUGGCCUUGCUGGAUGUGCACCUGCAGAUUCCCGAUCCGCAACUGGCCGAGCCUCACGUGCUGGCCUUCCUCACAGAGAAAUCCAACUUCACUAACUACCGGCCCAAGGCCUUCAGCAUGCUGGAGUUCACAGAGCGAGUGGGUCACGACCUUAAGGAGAUGAUGCUUUACUGCCGUUUCCAGGGCCAGGAGUGCAGCCACCGGGACUUCAAAACCGUAAGUUAUCUACCCAUUUGCCUUGCCAGCACUGCAGUUGUAAAUGAAGCCCUUGUUCUGUCCUCCACUUUAAACUCCCGCCGGAGGGCAGAGGGUGACACAGUCCAGUGGAGUGUUAGAGAGUAA